AGGAGAAGGGCGAUCUUUUUAGCGAUUGUAUACUUUUUAUACAUUCAUAGUAAUAUUUUGGAUAUGUUUUGUUGAAGAUUAAGAUUUUUGUAUUGCUCAAUUUAAGUUCAAUAAGUAACAUAGAUCACAAAGUUUGCUAAUUUAUAUUGAUGCUUUAAGACUCCUUACAUGACGUUUCCGCAACACACCCGAGGUCAAAGUUCGUAUAUAUUAAAAUGCAACAAUGUGUAUAGUUCGUUAUUGAGGAUAAUGUAUAGAUUAUUUUACAUAGGGAAAGAUAUUUAUACGCUAUAGUUAAUUGUAACUGUUUAAUUUCAACUUAUGUUUACAUUAAAUGACAUCCUUAAGCCAACUUUACUAAUAUUGAUCGCUAUUUUCGUGUUAUACAUCUAUAAUCAUCUUGUUGUUAAAGAUUUGAAGCUUUGCUGCGAUAAUACAGCAGAGAAUUAUUCUCAUUAUGAUUUGGUCGUUGGAAUACUUUCAUCGCGCGGCAACUUUGAUUUGAGGCAAAGUUUACGUGAAUCAUGGGUUGGCUAUGCAAGACGACAUUCAUCUCUAAAUAAAAGAGUGUUGGUGAAGUUCAUCGUUUCAAAUAAUGCAUGUUACGUUCCUCCAGAGUUCAGGAUUGAUCCUUACAAAUGCGAAAGAAAGAAAAUCGAAUCUCCAAACUACGAAAAUGAAGUAAUUGCUUACAAACGACCAAAUGAAGAAAAUUUGAGAUAUUUUCACAGUGGAUCUAUCGGAUGGGACUUUGAUAUCAUCCGUCCCAUUAUUUUGACUCGUCUUGGCAUCUCUUUAUCAUCGUUGAAUUCAAAAAGGAACUCUUCUGUUCGACUCUACGACAGAACAACUAAGAGCGAAAUUAUAUCUGUUUAUUUCUCUUUCCAAGACCCUGGUACAACAGAAAACGGUUCGUCGUUUAAAGCAAUUGAAAACUUUAUUUUGCCAAAGGACUUCAAGGGCAGCGUCGUGUCUGAAAACGUAAAAUGUUCAAGUUCUCGAUGCAGAAAAUGCGAGUAUUUUGCCAACAUUGAAAACGGAGAGGAUUAUUUCAAUGUACACAAGAUAAGACGGAUUAACAACGAGUUCGCCGUCUUUCCCGAAGUCGAGGAAUCAAUUCCUGAUGCUAGAUGCGUGGAUGGGGCUGGAACGUUCAUGUAUCGACUUUACAAUUCUCCGGGGAAGAGAGUCGUGACGAAAGAGGAAGAAGAAACUCGAAUGUCGGAUUGGCAGCGAUUGAAAGACGAUGAGAAUGAACGUUUACUUAAAGAAAGCAGAACUAUUUCUGAUAUUCUUUUUGUUUCAAAUGUCGAUGUUUACAGAAAUCUUCCAUCCCAGUUGCUUCAGUUUUUCUCGUGGCUCUCGGCGACUUUAAGUUUUUCCUUUGUAAUGAAAACUGACGAUGAUUGUUUUGUUAACCUGGAGACCAUCUUACAGGUUUGUGAAAGCUCUUCAAUAAAUAAUAGAAAAUACGUGUUGGUAUCUUGGGAGUUGGGAGUACGUAGAG